AUGAAACUGGAGGCUGUUAUCCCAUUUCUGGGGAAAUAUCGCCCCUUUGUGGGCCGAUGCUGCCAGACCUGCACUCCCAAGAGCUGGGAGUCUCUAUUUCACAGAAGCAUAAUGGAUCUAGGCUUCUGCAAUGUGAUCCUGGUGAAAGAGGAAAAUACCAGGUUUCGGGGCUGGUUGGUUCGGAGGCUUUGCUAUUUCUUGUGGUCAAUGGAGCAGCACAUACCCCCUUGUCAGGAUGACUCACAGAAGAUCCUGGAAAGCUUUGGGGUACAGAGUGUCAUCUCAGAGAGAGCUGGGGGCAGCGAACUCACCAGCUCUAUGAAGAAAGAGGUGCAGCAUAUCCUGGGCCACAUUCAGGCCCCAUGCUACUCCUUUCUACUUAGGAUCUUCAGUUGGUUGAUGCUGCGAUUCCUGAACUGCCUCUUCCUCAAUGUGCAGCUCCACAAGGGUCAGAUGAAGAUGGUCCACAAGGCUAUGCAGGCGGGCUCUCCACUUGUCCUCCUCUGUACCCACAAGUCACUUCUGGAUGGGAUCCUGCUGCCCUUUGUGCUAUUCUCUCAGGGCCUUGGUGUGCUCCGUGUUGCUUGGGACCCCCGCAUCUGCUCUCCCACCCUCAGAUCUCUGCUGAGGAAGCUCGGGGGGAUUUUCCUGCCUAUAGAAACCCUCUCCCUUGACAGCUCUGAGGGGGUCCUCACAAGGGCUGUGGUCCAUGCGGUUGUGGAACAGCUGCUAGUCAGUGGGCAGCCCUUGCUCAUCUUCUUGGAGGAACCCCCUGGGGUCCAGGGUCCACGGAUGUCAGCCCUGGGCCAGGCCUGGUUAGGAUUGGUAAUACAGGCUGUCCAGUUGGGCAUUAUCCCAGAUGCCAUGCUGGUGCCAGUGGCCACCACCUAUGACAUGGUUCCAGAUGCACCUUCUGAUGAAUACCGUGCCCUAGCCCCACUGGGGCUAUGGACAGGAGCCCUGGCUAUCUUGCGGAGCUUGCGAGGCUGGGGUGGCAGUCACCGGGCCUGUGUCCGUGUGCACUUGGCCCAGCCCUUCUCCUUACAGGAAUACACCAGCAAUGCCAGAAGCUGCUGGGGCAGCAGGCAGACCCUGGAGCAGUUGCUGCAGCCCAUUGUGCUGGGCCAAUGUACUGCCGUGCCGGAUACUGAAAAGGAACAGGAGUGGAUCUCAGUAACGGGUCCCUUUCUGGCACUCAAGGAAGAGGACCAGCUACUUGUCAGGAGGCUGAGCCAUCACGUCCUCAAUGCUAGCGUGGCCAGCGCUGCAGUUAUGAGCACAACCAUCAUGGCAACGCUACUGCUGUUCAAGCACCCAAAGCUCCUGGGGGAGUUCUCCUGGCUAACAGAAGAGACGCUCCUGCGUGGCUUUGAUGUGGGCUUCUCAGGGCAGCUGCGGUACCUGGUGCAGCACACACUGAGCCUGCUGCGGGCGCAAGUGACCCUGCUACGCAUCCAUCAGGGAGACUUGCUGGUAGUUCCACGGCCUGGCCCGGGUCGCACACACCUAGCACGCCUGAGUGCUGAGCUGCUGCCUGCCUUCCUGAGUGAGGCUGUGGGUGCCUGUGCAGUGCGAGGGCUGCUUGCAGGCCGAGUGCCACCAGAGGGGCCAUGGGAGCUACAGGGCAUUGAGCUGCUGAGCCAGAAUGAGCUGUAUCGUCAGAUCCUGCUGUUGCUACACUUGCUGCCACAGGACUUGCUGCUACUACAGCCCUGCCAGUCUUCCUACUGUUACUGCCAGGAGGUCUUGGACCGUCUCAUCCAGUGUGGGCUUCUGAUUGCUGAGGAGAGUCAGGCUUUGUGGAGCAGCUGCUCAAGUUUCUGA